AUGCAAGUUCGGAGACAUCGCAUGCGUCACAAAACAUAUUUUUUGGUAAUGGAAAAUCUAUUUCACACCCCGGUGCCUAUACACCGCAGAUACGACUUGAAGGGUUCCACUUACAAACGUUCCCUAGCCCCGGAAAGCCGCGUAGAUCCAACUAUAGCUCUCAAAGACAAUGACCUGGAGCGUGAAGGAGAAAAGGCACGCUUUCCGAGGCUUAGGAUCGACAUAGGGCCAGAGAGGGCAGCGAGGCUGCUGGAGCUGCUGCGCAAAGACGCCAACUUUCUUGUGACUUAUGGAUUAAUGGAUUAUUCCCUUCUUGUGGGCAUUUAUUACUCCACAAGUGGAACGGGGUUUAGGGUUUGUGAAGUGUCUCAGCUGCACCCCGGCCUGGAGGCAGCUUUUCCAGAGUUCCUUUGCCAACUGCACUGCAAUGAGGUGUGUGCCUGCAGGACAAACGAGCCUUUACCUUCAGCCAGCCCCGACACAGAUGUGCCCUUCUGGCGUCGGGACUUGGGAGGUUUGGCGAGCCGCGACGGCAGCAAAUUAUAUUAUGUUGGCAUAAUUGACAUUUUGACAAAAUGGGGGGCUUUUAAAAGAACGGAAAACGCCAUAAGAGUUGUGCAGACCUGUGACUCUUAUGGCAUUUCUUGUGUCAACCCUGCCUUCUACGCAAGCCGCUUCAUAAGUUUCCUGGAGCGCCACAUAGUUUGA